AAAAAAAUUUAUGCUCAGUUAGGAAAAUUUGCUGAGAUACAUUUCCGAUCAACUGAAGUUAAUGAAGAAGGCUUUAAUAAAGUUUUUAAAUCAAAAUUUGAGGAGUUUAAUCCACGUUCAAAUGAUAGUAACAUUAAUAAAGAUGGAAAGCGUAAUUAUAAUAUUGAUUUCUUAUUGCUACACUUGCGAGAUACUCUUCAUUGUAUGAGAGAUGAUGAGAAUAAAUUUUUGGAAAUAUGGAAUAGAAUAAAAUCAAUCCUUCGUAUAAUUUUAGGUAUUGCUCCAGGACUUGUAAAAACGGGAGUUUCACAUGGUGCAGAUUUACCCAUAGACAAUGGUGUAGAAUUACUGUUUAAAUGUUUACAUGAAGCCUUUAAUUGGAAGUAUCCAAUCUCUUCAUGGUAUUAUGAAUGGAGAACACUACUUGAACUACACUUUAAUAUUCAAAAUUUUCUUCAAGAAUAUUCACUUUCUUUAAAAUAUGGUGAAAGUCUAUUACUUGAAUGCUUAUGGCAUUGUGUGUCAAAAAGUUGGUCAAAUCCGAUAUCUCAAUCAGAAUAUCUUAUAAAUCAGAAGCAUUUUAUUAAUAAUCUCUUAGGUAAAGAACCUCUUGCAUUUCCACAUUCUUUAUGGUUUGGAGCCCUUAAUAUUGCACAAGACUUAAUUGCAAAAACUCAAAGAGAUUCAACAUUGGGUAUUUGUUAUUAUUUAGCAUUAGAAUCUUUGCAAAAAGCACCUUCAUCUUUUAUCCGUUUCAAAGCUAUAGAAACUCUAAUUAAAUUAUCAAAAAGAAAUACACUACUUUACAACAUUAUUGAAAAUGAUUUUAAAGAUUGUAAGCAUUCUUUAGAUUCAGUAGAAGGUUUAAAGUUGAAUCAUAUGAUUGAAGCAAUUCAUGUAAAAGUUUCUCAAGAUGAAAAAUUAAUAGACACCAACAAAAAUAAUAUAAAUAAUUUAAAGGAGAAAGGAAAGGUUAUUACAACAUAUGGAUUAACAUUACCUCAUAUUAUAACUCCAAGUGAUGAUUUGAUUUCAGAUAUUGUCACUAAAGAAUUAUCUUGUCCAGUAACUUAUCAAAUUCCCAACAACUUUCAAAUCUUACCCUGUGAACAUUUAAUUAGUCCUGAGGCAUUACAACGAAUUGUUAAUAAAACAUCCCAACCAACUUGCCCACAAUGUCGAAAAAUAAUUGAUUUAAAUUCUGUAAUUAAUUUACCACAGUCAGCAAUUUAUCAAGGAAUCCGUAAUUAUUUGCAUGAAGACAAUAAUAAUAUUGCUCAAGAUCACAAUAAAAAUACUUCUGAUGAAAGUAGUGAAGAAGAAGAAAUUAAUAUCUCUAAACUCAAAUUUCAACAAAAAUUUAAGAUAUCUGAUUCAACAGUAAGAAAUUUUUUUAAGACACCCAAAUAUUUUCACCCAUUUUUAAGAAAAGCAAACACAGCAUAUAAAUUAGGAGAGUUUGAAACGGCUAUUAAUGCACUUACAGAAAUUCUUGAAGAAUAUCCCACAAGCUAUUCAUUAAAAUGCUAUCGGGCCAAA